ACGAAAUUCUCAGCACCCAAAGGAUUGCGAACCGUGGAGUCUUUGCAUAUAUGAGAACUAAGGCGCACGAAAGGAAAAGCACAAGAUUCCAAUUCCACAUUGACGCAUCGAAAUCAAGACCCAAAACAGUUCCCAGAAAGGUAGCCUUAUAGAACAUUGAAAGGAACAACAGAAACCCAACAUCUCCCUUCUUGUUUUUCCGUGCUUUUUUUUGUCUGAACCUGCAGUCUCUGAUCUCUCUCUUUCUCUCUCCAGACUUUCUCUGAGACAGUGCCAAUGAGUUUGGAUUUCAAGAAAGACGUUAAAGCAAAAUGAUGAUGACAGGAAAAAGCGUGAAUACUGUUAGGCUUUUUUCUGCAACCGCUGCAUGGCUUUUGACAUAAAUGGCAGAUGUUCUUGGACAAAUUCUCUGUGUAUGUCAGAUCUUUGCUGGGGAUUAACAGCACAAUCUUCAAUGGUAAACCCAAAAGUGCCCCGCCGUCCAACUUUAUUCUAUAGGCCCAUACAACCCUCUGACCUCGAGAUUUUAGAGCAAAUCCACGGUGAUUUGUUUCCCAUCAGGUAUGAGUCUGAGUUCUUUCAAAAUGUUGUCAAUGGGCGUGAAAUUGUAUCGUGGGCUGCUGUUGACCGCAGUCGGCCAAAUGGUAAAAGUGAUGAACUCGUUGGAUUUGUAACUGCACGAAUAGUACUUGCAAAAGAAAGCGAGAUAGCAGAUGUGCUCAGAUAUGACUCGUCGAAAUCAGAUCAAACUUUAGUCUACAUUCUGACGCUGGGAGUAGUAGAAGCCUAUAGAAAUUGUGGCAUAGCUUCUUCAUUAAUUCGGAAGGUCAUAAAAUAUGCCUCAAGUAUUCCAACCUGCCAAGCAGUUUACUUGCAUGUCAUUUCUUACAACAAUCCUGCAAUACAUUUGUAUCAGAAAAUGUCAUUUACGUGUAUAAGAAGGUUGCAAGGUUUCUACUUAAUCAACGGUCAGCAUUAUGAUUCAUACUUGUUUGUCUACUAUGUAAAUGGCGGCCGUUCUCCUUGCUCGCCACUGAGAAAAUUCUACCAAAGAUUACGGAUUUCAAAAGUUGCCUUAUCAAAUGGAGAGCUUGUUACCAGCAUGGUGGGUUACAUGAGGAGUGGUUUUAAGACGGUGACUGCAAAGCUAUACAAGAAUGAAGAUAGGAAGGUCCCAAAAUGGUCCAAAUGUAAAGAAACCCAUUCUCUUAUAUCUACCCAAAACAAAAGAAAUUUGAACGCUGAAUGUGGUGGAUGCGACUGUGUUUGAUUUGUUUGCUCCCGUAAAUCAAUGUAUACAUUUCUGCCCCUUGCUUUCUUCCCUUAAUGUGUACUUACUCUAAAAUACAUCAAAUAAUGUCUCCUUGUAAUAAACUCUAAUGUUCUUGAGUAUAAAUAUAGUGAGGCCAAUAUAUCCUAAUUCGUUGAAA